CCCGCCAGCAUGACCGCAGCAGAAAAAAGUGGUUACCUCGGCGUUUUCUUUGUUAGUGAUCUUCGCUCAGAGUGUUUGGGGCUUUGGCUGUGACUGCCUAGAGUGCCAAGGACACUGCAAGCAAACGGACCUGCAGUCGGUGGCCUAGCGAGAAGCAGUGUUGUUUCAUUUGUUGGUUGGUGGCACUCCGAUGGUGAUCGCGGUCGGAUAUGUGCUUUCCGGUGAAAAUCUGUGCAAUCGAAGAAUUCAUUCAGUUGUAUCGAUUACAGCGGCUGCAGUGUGGUGAAGGGCGACCGAUGAUCUUUUCGAGUAGGAGAGGAAUUUUAAUUGUUUCAGCUUCAUAGUUAGAGGCAAGCAUGAAAGUUAUCAAGUUCUCGGUCAGUGAACAGUGUCGUUUAGUUGUGCUCGACUUGUUGCCAGAAUGACCUCGAAGAAGACACUAGAACAGGUGAUCGUGGUUUGUGUGAUAGCUGUUUUGUGUGGUGACGUUGUGCGAUGUGAUCUAUUGAGGAAGUCCAGAGCGGUGAUAAGUGCUGAAGUAACAACUGAAUCCAUGAGCUCCUUUGAUCAGGAAACUACCACAGUUAGCGCAAAAAGGUUGCAAACAGUGCCGAAGGAAAGUACAAUAGCAGUGCCUACUACAACGGAAGAAAACGAAUCCGACAGUGUCGGAAUAAGCACGGUGAUCGUUCAGUUGAAACACUUUGGGACGAAGAACUUUACGUUUUUGGAACCCGAUCAUAUACCGAUCAGUAAUUUUCUUGAUCUGGAUGAGAACGUGGACUUGGAGCUGCUGUUUACCGAGCAUGUCAAUGCAAGUUUAGAGCACAGCAAUAAUCCGGCUGAAAAUGUUGUGCUCCAGAUCGAAGACUACGACGACGACGGAAACACCAAAAGUUACUUUCUGCAUUCCUCGCCAUACUCCGCAAAUCCUGUCAAUGAAAGCACGCCUACCUCAAAAAGCAUCUCAACGCGAGUUUCAGGCUUCUUCCGAGAUGUACUGCAACGGUUGGGCGUCUACAAGUACAUCGUAAACUACCGGAAUCGGCACGGAGCGGAAAGAGCACUAGACGGCAAGAUUCCCCACCGAUUUCAUCCGAACAGUUUGUCGGCUUCGGUUGAGACGGAUCAAGUGACAACUUCGACUCCAUCCGCGAGUACUGGCAGCAGUACUUCGAAGCGGCCCACCGCCAAGGGUCACCCGGCAAAGUCGUCGAUCGCAAGUUUGUUCGAUCAGUUCAAGCAGCGCAUCAAAGCGAUCUAUCCGGGGACGGUUUGGUGCGGCGAUGGGAAUCAGGCGAAGAGUGAAAACGAUAUCGGAUUUUUCUAUCAGACGGAUGUGUGCUGUCGGGCGCAUGAUCUGUGUCCGAUGACAAUCGCCGCCGGCGAUCAGUUUGAUCGGUUGCGAAAUAAUGGAUUUUUUACCCGAUCGCACUGUGAUUGUGAUAAGCAGUUCUACAACUGUCUGAAAAAUGCUAAUACGUUGGUAUCGAGCCAGAUCGGUUACACCUAUUUCAACCUGCUGAAGCCGCAGUGUUUCCGGCAUGAGCAUCCUAAAGUUGCUUGCUCCAAGAAAAGCAAACACAAAUGCCUAACGUAUGUUGUUGAUGAAACGAAGGACAAACUGUGGCAGUGGUUUGAUAACCUAAUCUUUUAGAUUCAUGGGGAAUGAGGAAGAGAACAACUUCAAAUACCAAAUCAAUGCAUUAUUGAAAUAAGUUUUAUUUAUUUUAAUGUUAAUUUUUCAACAGGACAAGUGUUUUAAAAAGCGAUGUUAUGCUGAAUAAAGCCAAAGUAGCGGUUUUAUGUAGCAUAUUUACAUUAAAGAAGCGAAUAGUGACAAAUCGUCACAAAUGAGAAACCACUGCAUAAUUUAUUCACAGAUUCGUGUUGGAUCUGACUCUCUGCUCCGACAAUAUUAC